UACGUAAGUCCAUAGAACCAAAUGUCUUUAUAUGCUUUUAUGCCAACACUAUUCAUUUGUGUUAUGUGAUGACCGUUUAUUUUAUUUAAGUAACUGAAUACAAGACUGUGACUUUGAAAAAUUCGAUUAUCUUACAAGUUAAGAGAGGUCAAGAGGUAAACUGAUGUCUCAUUUGGAUAAUCCACGAGUACAAUGAGUGUAUCAUCAUUAACUACAUUUGACUUUCUUUCUUGCAAAUAGUGAAGUAACGAUGAACCCUGUUGAAAAUUUACAAACGCACGAAUAUUUUAUGUGAAGACAUGAGAAUUAAACUUCAUUUUGUUUCAAUUUAACAACAUGAAUCGAAGGAUCCUGUUUAAUAAGUCGUUUUCUUACAAUUUCAUUACGAAAUCAAACAAAUUCUGUUGUGCACGGUUUACAUGUUGUCAUUUACUAGUAUUAACUGCCAAUAAAUGUUUUUAUAAUUCGAAAGCGGAAAAUUUUGAAAGACGUAAGUACUUUUGUUACCUUCAGCAUAUUAGGCUGAGACUGCUGUUAUAAAUAUGGUAACAAAAAAUAUUGAAAAUCUUGAAAGCGUGAUGACUUAAGUUGAACUGACUCUCAGUGCACAGUAAAGAGUAGAGGAAUGUAAAAAUACAAUAUCA